AAGCUACUAAAGGGUACUGGGUUAGUUAUUAAGGAAGAUCUCACUAACUUAAAAUUGGAAUUGGUAAAUCAGCUAACCAGUCUUGUGGGUUUAAAAAAUGUGUGGACUGACAAUGGUAAAAUCUACGUCUGUCGAAACGAAGAUCAAUGGAAACCUGGUAAAACAAUCAGUUAAAUCAUUUGUGCUGUCCAAAAAAUACACACGCAUUGUUUUAAAGGCUUCGGUCUUUAAUAUAAUAUGUCGAAGAUUGCCUAUCAAUAAAGACGAACUUGAUUGCAAAGAAUAUAAUGGAGCAAGCUUUUUUAUUCUUAAGGGUAUGAAAAAAAAUAAAAACAUUGAAAACCCAUUUAUAGAAACAUUCUUAGCCUGGUUAAAAGGAAUAAAAGACGCAAUUGAUAAGAAUUAUCUAAAGUCCGUUUAUAUUCUACUAAAAGAAUCCGAGGGCAAUGUAGUUGAAAGCUAUAGUUUUAAUUUAAAAUAUAAUACGGAUCCAAAUUUUUCUAAUAAGAAUGAGGGUGGUAAGACUCCCGAAGAUGUUAAAGGUGCCACCACAACAAUGUUUAAUUCAAUAUCAGCAUUGGAAAACAUUCCAAAACUCAGUCCUGAAAUUACAUUGGAUAUUGAAUUUAUGUACAACGAUGAUUGUCCCAUGGAUUACGAACCACCUGGUUUUGUAUCUUCUGUGCAACCAAUGUGUCUACAAAUUAAGACUCCAACAAGACUAGGAAAAGUGAAUACUGGUUUUCACAGCGUAAUGGCAAGAUCUUCCAAGUUCCAAAAGAUUAUUGCGUCUGAAGAGGAUCAAAGUAAGGUUCAAGAAGACCAAAAUAUUCUAGACGAUUUAAAUACAGAUAAAGGGAAUGACAUUAUUGAAGAGGAUUUUGAAGAAGACCAAAAUUUUCAAGACGAUUUAAAUACAUAUGAAGGGAAUGACAUUAUUGAAGAGGAUUACAAUAAUCUACCAGACCACGAGAUGAUUGACGUUAUAUCAAUUGGUGAUCAAAGUGUAGCAUCCGAGGGUAGCAGCAGAUUCCCCAAAGCAAUUAUUGAUGAAAUGGACCAUGAGGAUGAUCCCAAUACUUAUUUAGAUGACUCAAUGGGCGAAGAAGUACUUGCAGGAUUAUUGGAUAAAACACGUGCUGUUAAUACUAGCAAUGUAACUAUACCUGACCAGGACAUGUCCACUCCAAAUAUUUUUACUGAAGAAGAGGAGGACGAUGUUUAUUUACGUAGAACAAUGAACAUUUUUACUUUAACAGAAAAAAUUGGUGCAUUACCUAUGGAAUUGUUAAACAGCAUGGAGAAAAAAGACAAGAAAACCUUUGUUGAUGAAAUAAAGAAAUUCAAAAUUUAUCGACCAGAUCCUGCCGAUCCUGAAAAUCUUCAAAAAGGGUUUAUCGAUAUGGAAAAACUUAGUACGUUCAAAAAUGCACUUAAGUCAUAUUCAAGAUAACUGAAUGAACUUAAUUUAUAUUCAAUAUAAUAAUAUAGUUUAAUAAUUCUGUACAUCUAGGUAUCGUUAAGUUGUCGUAUAGGAGUAAAAUUAUUAAUAUUAUUAAAAAAUAAAAAUAUUAUUUUAUAAUUUGUUAAUAAUAGACCGUGAUAGUCGUGACGUCAAAACGUAAAAAAAAGUUUUCCAAACACGUUGUGUCUAGCUACACGUUAAAAUGUACGCAAAUAAAAAAGUUAAACUUCAUCAAGCUAGUGACUAUUUAGCGUGGGCAGUGACUGUAUAUUUUGAUACACGCUAUUUUGAUAUGUUUAGUGUUUGUUUGAUAGAAACAUAUUUGUUAUGACGUUUAAUUCUACCUAACUUUUUUAUUUGCGUACACGGUAGCGUAUAUCCUAGAAACAACGUGUUUGGAAAAAUUUUGACGUUUUGACGUCACACUAUCAUGGUCCAUAUAGUCAUAUUUUUUAGUUUGAUACUACAAUAGUUCUAUAGAUUUAUAGUUAUGUGUAAAAUUAUUAUAAAAUAAAAAUAUUAGUUUAUAAUUUGUUAA